CAUAGGCUAUGUGGAUGUAAUCUCACUGCUCAGUACUGUGAAAGUUUGUCUUCAGCUCUACAAUCCUCACACUCUGUCCUGAGAGAGCUGGACCUGAGUAACAAUCACCUGCAGGGUUCUGGAGUGAAGCUUCUUUCUGAUGGACUGAAGAGUCCAAACUCUAAGCUGGAGAUACUGAGAUUUUCCAUCUGUAAUCUCACUGCUCAGUCUUGUGAGAGUUUGUCAUCAGUUUUACAAUCCUCAAACUCUGUCCUGAGAGAGCUGGACCUGAGUAACAAUGUCCUGAAGGAUUCUGGAGUGAAGCUGCUUGCUGAUGGACUGAAGAGUACAAACUGUCAGCUGGAGAUACUAAGUGUGGACCAUGGAGGAGAAUCCAGGAUUACAGCAGGACUACACAAAUAUGCCUGUUUUCUCACGCUGGAUCCAAACACAGCAUACACUCGUCUCAUUCUGUCUGAUAAGAACAGAAAGGUUACAUGUGUGGAUGAGGAUCAGCUGUAUCCUGAUCAUCCAGACAGAUUUAAUGGGCAUCUUGAGGUGUUGUCCCUGCUCGCUAAAUGCCUGGGAGACUCCAACAUGAAUGACGUUCUCAAGCAGUCCGACCUUCUCCAAGCUGUGGACAGGCCUCAAGCAGAUGGAGUCACCUUUGAAAAACAUCGAAGAAACAUAUGGAAGACCCUGAGGGCAGAAUACCAAAUGCAAACUGAUCCAGGGUUUCUAAAAGGAGAGCCAAUGAGGGAAACUGAGAACCUCACCACAUACAUUCAAAGAUAA